AUGAGACAGCUGUCUGAAGUUCUCAGUAUUGGAUUGGUACGAUUGGUGCAGGACAUCAUACAUGAACAGAAAUCCACGAGAACCAUGUUUCAGCUUUUGCUGCUCUUAGGGUUUUACACCCUGGGCAUCAGUUCUAUUCAUCAGUAUCAUUUCAUUAAUGAGAACAAGACCUGGGCCGAGGCACAAAAAUACUGCAGAGAAAAUUACAUUGACUUAGCCACCGUUCAUAACUAUAAAGAACAACUGGACCUUACUAACAAGGUACAGGACAGUCAACGGACCUGGUUAGGACUCUAUGAUGAUCUGAACAGCUGGAAAUGGUCACUGAAUGAUGAUGAUCUCUACAAGGAAGGAGAGAAAAGCUUUAAUAACUGGUACAUAAACAAACCAAGAAACUCAGGUGGAAAUAAGUUGUGUAUUUACUAUAAUGUUUAUUAUGCAUCAUGGUGGGAGAGUGACUGCUCUAAUAUGCGUCAAUUCCUUUGUUAUGAUGGGAGGGUGAAUGUCAGUGAAAAAUACAUACUGGUCUACAAGUACAAGAACUGGACUGAAGCUCAGAGAUACUGCAGAGAGCAUCACACAGACCUGGCCAGUAUAAGGAAUGAAACUGAGAACCAAAACAUAAGAUCAUUAUUAGUUUCUGAGGGCACAGAUUCUUAUGUAUGGAUCGGCUUGUACAGAACCAGAUCUUGGUCCGAUAAGAGCAACUCUUCUUUUAGUGACUGGGAACUGGGACAACCAGAUAAUUAUAGACAGAUGGAAUACUGUAAAGCUGUAGAUAUUUCUCUUAAUGGAACAUGGAGAGAUGAAAACUGCAAUCAAGAAAUCUCAUUCUUCUGUUACAGUACAAUCUCAUCAACAUCGUAUCAGUAUCACUUUAUUAAUAAGAACAUGACUUGGAUGGAAGCACAGCUGUACUGCAGAGAGAAUUAUACUGACCUGGCUACCAUUAAUAAUGUGGAGGAUAUAAACAUGCUCAUUGAUACGGUAAAUGGCAGCUACCUUGGUUUAGCCUGGAUUGGACUGUAUGAUGAUCUGGAGAGUUGGAGAUGGUCUCUGGAUGAUGCUGCUUUCUAUAAGGAAGGAGAGAGGGAGUUUAGAGGGUGGGAGCAUCAACCUGAUAACAAUUAUGGUAAUCAGCUGUGUGUGUUGAUGGGAGAUGAUGGAACAUGGUUUGAUGAAGACUGUAACAACAAUUCACCGUUUGUUUGCUAUGAUGGAAACAAUUCCACAGAAGAUUACAUCUGGAUUGAUGAGUACAUGACUUGGACAGAAGCUCAGAAUUAUUGCAGACAGCACCACACAGACCUGGCCAGUGUAAAAACCCAAGCAGAUAAUAAUCGAAUCCUUAAUCUGACAAGGGGCUCUGGUUCUUGGAUUGGUCUCUACAGGAAAAGAUUGUGGUCCGACCAGGACAAUUCCUUGUAUGAAAAUCGGAAACCAGGGAUCAUUUAUUCAAUCGAACAACCAGACAAUGGAUUGUAUUCUGUUGUGGAUUAUCGCAAUCAACACUGUACUGCUGUAUCUCUAAAGGAUUCAGGCCAGUGGAGAGAUGAAAACUGCUUGGCCAGGCUCCCUUUUGUCUGCUACAAUAAUCUCAGCACAGGAUUCUCAUUUACCUCACAUCAGUAUUACUUUGUUAAUGAGAGCAAGACCUGGAGUGAAGCACAAAAACACUGCAGAGAUGUUUAUACUGACCUGGCUACCAUUAAUAACAUGGACGAUAUGAAGAGACUCCUUAAGACAGUACAUUGCAGCUACUAUGGUUUAGCCUGGAUUGGUCUGUAUGAUGAUUUGAACAGCUGGAAAUGGUCUCUGAAUGAUGGCAGUUUUUUUAAAGAAGAAGAGAAAAGCUUUAGUAACUGGUACAUAGAGAAACCGAGGAACCAGUAUGGAAACAGUUUGUGUGUAUUAUUUUCAGUGUAUGGUGGAAUAUGGUAUGCUGAUUACUGCUCUAACAAAUUGCCAUUCAUUUGCUAUGAUGGGAAGGAAAAUGGCAGUGAAAGCUUUAUCCUGGUCAAUCAGUACUUGAACUGGACUGAAGCUCAGAGAUACUGCAGAGAUCAUUACACAGACCUGGCCAGUGUGAGAAAUGAAACAGAGAACCAGAAGAUAAAAAAAAUAUUAAAUGCAAGAAACAAUUACUUUAGUUAUUAUUAUUAUUAUUAUUAUUAUUAUUAUUAUUAUUCAUAUUAUCCUCCAUAUAAUGCUGGUUAUUGGUAUUCACACGUAUGGAUUGGCCUGUAUAGAACCUGGUCUUGGUCAGAUAAAAGCAACUAUUCUUUUAGUAACUGGAAGUCAGGAGAACCAUAUAACGGUGGAUGGAGUGAAUACUGUACUGCUGUAUCAUUUAGUGAAUCUGGACAAUGGAGCACUGAGUACUGUGGACAAGCGUUACCGUUCCUCUGCUACAGUACAAAUCCAUCAACAUCCUACCGUGAGUACCACUUUGUUAAUGAGAGUAAGAACUGGACUGAAGCACAGAGAUACUGCAGACAGAAUUAUGAUGACCUGGCAACCAUUGAAAACAUGGAGGAAGUGAACAGGACCUUCAACACAGUAAAUGGCAGCUACUCUGGUUUAGCCUGGAUUGGAAUGUAUGAUGAUCUGGAGAGUUGGAGAUGGUCUCUGAGUGACGAUGGUUUUUACAAAAAAGGAGAGAAAGAAUUUAGAGGGUGGGACCAUCAACCUGAUAACUAUGGUGGAAAACAGCUGUGUGCUAUGGCCCAAAAGACUGGCUGGUUUGAUGAGGAUUGUAGCACAAACCUAACAUUUGUUUGCUAUGAUGCUAAAGACAACGCUCACAUGUUGAUUUCUAAAGAAAUGACCUGGAAAGAAGCUCAGAGUUACUGCAGAGUAAACUACACAGACUUAACCAGUGUGAGAAAUGAGACUGAGCUUCAAAAAAUACUAAACAUCUCAGGAGACAAUUCUGUAUGGAUAGGUCUGUACAGGAACAGAUUAUGGUCAGAUCAGAGCAACUCCACUUUUACAAACUGGAGUCCAGCAGUUCCAUCAAAACCAAGACAACCUGAUAAUGGUGUAAACUUAAUUUGGCAAUAUGGAACUCAACACUGCACAGCUGUGGAUGAUUCUGGUUGGUGGAGAGAUGAAAACUGUUUAGCCACUUUCCCCUUUGUCUGCUACAUACUUUUCUUAACAGGUUCUGUGAUGGGACUGCGAAUGAAUAUUAAAACUUGGGAAAAUCUGAAAGAUUCUCAAAUUAAGGAAUUUGUGUCAAACCAGCUUAAACAAGAAUUGAUCAGAUUGGGAGUUUCAAGUAACUUCACUGUAAGUGUGAGUAACACGUGCAAGGCCGAUCCUUAA